AUGGAAAAAAACACAUUUGCACAGAAUAUAUAUUUCAAAGGGUUUAAUGAUAGAAAGAAGAAUUAUUUAAACGUUGAAGAGAAAAAAAAUUUAUAUGAUUAUAAUAAUAACAUUAAAGAAUUAUCAAAAAAUAUAACACCUAUAAAAAAUUCUAAAGAAGAAGAAAAUACUUAUAAUAUAAGAGUAGUAAAUAAUAUGAACUCAGCAAAUAAUACAAUAUCUUAUGACUCUUUAAAAAAUAUGAAUAAUAAAAAUAAUUAUAUAAAUAAUUUAUCAAACCAUUUAAAUUUUAAUAGUAUGAAUGGAGCAUAUGGAAAUAAUAAUAUUAACAAUAUGAACAACAAUAUGAAUAAUAUGAACAAUAUGAAUAAUAUGAACAAUAUGAAUAAUAAUAAUAAUAUCAAUAUGAAUAAUAUGAAUAAUAUGAAUAAUAUAAAUAAUAAUAAUAUUAGUAAUAGUAACAAUUUGAAUGAUAACUCUUUUAAGAUGAAUCAGAACUCCUUAUGUAAUAACAUGAAUGAAGGCAAAUUAUAUUCAAAUAUUUUUCAAGAUAAUAAGAAUACAGAUAAAAAUUUUGAAAGAACGAAUUUUUAUAUGAACUCAUUUAAUAAGAAUAGAAAUAUAAAUAUACAUAAGAAUGAAUUUAUUGGUUCUAAUGUAAACAAUGAUAAUGUUAUGAUUAAUACAAAUCAACAGAAUGGUAAUUUUUUAAAUAAAAAUAUAGAUAAUAUUAAUAAUAAUAAUAAUAAUAAUAAUAAUAAUAAUAAUAUGCCUUCGAUGAAUAGUAUCAAAAAUAAUCUAAACAAUUUUAUAAACAGCUCAAGUAUUUUAAUAAACAAAAAUGUGUUAAGUAAAAAUAUCUCACUUAAUCAUUUUUGUGAUAAUAAUAUGGAUCCUAUGAAAAAAAAAAACACAAGCGAUAUUUUAAACAACAACAAUAAUGUCAACAAUAAUGUCAACAAUAAUAGUAACAAUAAUAUCAACAAUAGUAGUAACAAUAAUAACAAUAUUGUGAACAGUUUGAAUAAUCAAAAUGUUUUAUUAAAAAAUUUUAACACCAGUGGUAGUAAUCUCUUACAUAAUAAAAAUUUCAAUCAAUUAAAUUAUAUGAAUAAUAUGAACUCAUAUAAUAAUAUGCCCAUAAAUAUUGAUAAUUCAAAUAUGUUGAAUAAUAAGAACAUGGGAACUAAAAUUUUAAAUAUGUCUACAAAUAUAAAUGGAUCAGUCGAAAGGUCAAAUAUUUCUACAUACAACAAUCAAAAUAAUAUAUUAAGUAGUAAGUUGGUGCAUCAGGUUCCUUCUUCGACCAUUGAUAUUAAUCAUAGAAGCAUGUCCAAAUGUAGCAACAUCAAUGUGAAUAGUGUGAAUAAUGUGAAUAGUGUGAAUAAUAUGAAUAAUGUGAAUAAUGUGAAUAAUGUAAAUAGUUUGAAUAAUGUGAAUAAUAUGAAUAAUAUUAAUAAUAAUAGUAAUAGUCAAUAUUUGAUUAGUUUAAAUUGUAAGAAUAACUCCAACAGUGUUCUAGAAAACACUAUGAAAGGCAUGGAUGAUAUAUUAAACUUUGAUCAUGUAAAUGAUAAAACAGUUUUAAAUAACGAAUAUGGAAGUAAUACAAUCAUAGGAGAUGUAAUACCUAAGGGUAAUUCUAUGAGUUUGUUUAAUAAUAGUGUUCAUUUUUUAAGAAAGAAAGUUGCCAAUACGAAUCAUGUUGAUAGUAUGAAUAAUAUGAAUAAUAUGAAUAAUUAUAAUUCGUUAAACCUUUUAAACAAUGAAAAGGAAGGAAUGAGAAAGGGUUUUAUAUCAGAAUUAAAAAAUGAGAUGGUUAUAGAGAAUAAUAAAAAUAUAGUUGAUGUUAAUAUAUUGAGCACUAAGGUAAAUCAUAACAAUAUAAGUACAGAUAAUUAUGCAAAUAUAUUAAAAAAUUUAUGUACUCCUAUUAAGAAUAAGAAAGUGGAAAAUGUGUGUGAAUAUAUAGAUGACACGAUGAGAGACAAUAUGGAUAUGAAUGAUAAGAAUGAUGAAAUGCACUAUGAAAAUAUCAAACCAAACAAUCACAAUAAUAUUAAUCAUAAUAAUAAUAGCUUGCUAAGUGCUAUGCAUAAUAAUAGUGGAAAAGAAAAUAUACUUGUAAAUGAUAGUAUGUCGCGUGAUAUAUAUAAGAGUGGCAAUUUUAAAAAAGAUAAUAUAUUAAACAAUAAUAUAAGUAAUAAUGAUAAUGAUAUCUUUAAGAAUAAUCUUAUAUCAUACAACCAAAACAAUAAUAUUAAUAGUAAUAAUAUUAAUAGUAAUAAUAAUAAUAAUAAUAAUAAUAAUAAUAACAAUGUUGAUGUAUAUUUAAAUCAAGAAAGUGGUACGUGCCAUAAUCAUAAUAAUAAUAACAUUUAUGAAAUAAAAAAAUUAAAUUUAUUUGCAGAAAGAAAAAAGAAAGGAGAUAAAGAAAUAAAUAAUGAAAAUAAAAUAAAUAAAAUGAAAAAGUCUAAAACUAAAGUAUUCUUUUAUAUAAAUCCUAAAUAUAUUAUAGAACCUUUGAAAAGAAAAAUAUAUCAGAAUAUGUCUAUAUAUAUUGAAAAUUUAAUUAGUGAAAUUAAAUCAAUAGAAAAUAAAGAUAGAGCAGAUAUAUUAACAGAUUUACAUAAUACAUCUUGGUUCUGUAUGAUAUUUGAUUUUGAUGGUAUUAGUAAAUUAUUAAAUGUAUUUAAUAAAUAUUUAAUAUAUUCUGAUGCUUUAAUUAUACCUGAUAUAUUAUUAUAUAAUAAAACAGAAGGAACAAGAGAUCAUAUAAAUAUAUCAAAUAAUAAUAAUGGAAAUACUAAUAUACAAAAUAUUCAUGAUAAUUCAUCUGAUCAUAAUAAUAUGUUAUCAAGUAUUUCUCAAGAUAAUGAAUCUUUUUUAAAUAAUAUGGAUUAUUUUUUUCAGAAAACAGAUACAUUAGAUCUAUUACAUAAAAAAAUCUUUGAAUAUGAAAAUAAUAUCAUUGAAAGUGUAGAGAAAUAUAAUUAUUUAAAAGAAUUAUGUAACUCUUUAAAAAAACAAGUUAUUAUGAAAAAAAAAAAAUUAUUAUUAUUAAUAGAAAAAGCAAAACUUUUAAAUUUUACAUACAAAAAUGAAGAUCUACAAAUGCUUUUAGAUAUAGAAAAAAAAUGCCAACUACAAAAUGGAUUCCAAAUGAGUGGUAAUAAUAUGAGUGGUAAUAAUGUGAAUAGUAACAAUAUGAAUGAUAAUAACAUGAAUGAUAUUAACAUGAAUGAUAAUAACUUGAAUGAUAAUAACAUGAAUGAUAAUAACUUGAAUGAUAAUAAUAAUAAUUCUGCCCUUUUGUUGAAUAACGAAUAUUAUAAUAUCUUUAAAAAAAUUAACGAGGGCUUAAAAUAUUUAAAAAAAUAUUCAAGUAUCAUUUUAUCAAACCAAGAUAUGCAGGAUCAUAUAAAAAAUGAAGAGGACAUCCAAAAUUUUUAUGAGUCCUCCAUUUCGACAGAAGACCAUAGUUGUGAUCAUAAUAUUAAUGAUGAAAUGAGAAAACUCGAACAAGAACAUAUGGAGCAACAACUUCAACAAGGAAAUAAACAGAACCAAGAAGAUAAUAAAUAUCAAGAUGGUGUGAGUAAUGUCUAUAUAUCAACAAAUAAAAAUAAAAGAAAAAGUGUUCAUUAUAAGCAAAGUGACUAUGUAAAAAUGCAAGGUAUAGGAGAUGAAAUAAAUAAUAAAGAAACAAAUAAAAAAAGAAAAACAGUCAAACAAAUAAAAAAUAUAAAGUGGGAAAAAGAAAAUAAUGAAGAAUGGGUGGAUGAGUUUUUAGAAGAUUUUUAG